GGAGUUUUUGGUGUAAUUGUUUCGUGUAGCAGAGUUGUAUAUAUAUAAGUUGAUGAAUGAGAGAAUGAGGAAUGCUUUUGGUCUAUAGUUUCGUUCGUUAUAGGUGUAUUGAUUACACUGUCCAUUCAUUGAUAUUGAUAUCGUUACGUUCUUUUCAUCAUGUAUACUUCUACUCUUCUUCUCACUUUCGUCGCUUCUGCGAGUGCUCACAUUGCUUCUUGGAACAAGGGCAUGUACUGCAAAGGCGGCAAUGACUCUUCUGUCGACAACUCCAACACCAACCUCGCCGUGAACCCUCUCUACGAUCUCCCCAAGUCCAAAUGGUGGAUGCAAGCCGAUCGUGGCUGCGAUGCCGUGCCUCCUCCCAAGGGCGAGUUCCUUGAGCUUCCAGCCGGGAAAUCCUUCAUGACCGAACUCGCCAACAACCGUGCCUUCACGACACUCUCUUACAAGGGAGAGUUGACUACAGAAUGGCAGGAUGGCAAGAACCGCUCUAUGCCUUGGAGAGGUCCUGAGGGCGGUUGUCUCAUGGAUGGUGGUGAUGGCUCGGGUGGAGAGUUGCACACCAAGAACAUUGAGUCAACUGGUGGAACGGCCUGGGCUAUCUCGUACGAGAGCGAUAUCAGCAAGGUCACCAUGGAUAACCUUGUUGUUUUCUCUGUGCGAUACUACUCUCCUUUCUUUCGCGAGACUUGGUACGACGUCCCAGCCGAUAUGCCUGCAUGCCCUGAAGAGGGCUGCUACUGCGCGUGGCUUUGGAUCCCCGAUGGCUGUGGCCAGCCAAACAUGUACAUGCAGAACCAUCGCUGCAAAGUCACUGGAAGUACUUCCACCAAGAAGCUCGGCAAGCCUAAGCCUCCUGUCUACUGCCGUGACAACCCUACCAAGUGUGUCCCUGGACCCAAGCAGAUGAUGGCAUGGAACCAGGCUGAAGGCAACAACGUCAACCCCCCUAAUGGCAAGACUCCUACUUACAACCAGCGAAUGGGGUUCAUGGACGGCGCUCAGGACGAUAUCUUUGUCGAUGAAUAGAUUGGACGGCAGAGAAUUGUACGAGUAGUGAUCAAGUCCUUCCGGAAGGGCUGACUUUCUCUUCUAUCAUCCGUGUGGUAUAACCCUAGGAAUUAUAUUGUAUUCAUAAACUCGUGGAGUGCCAGCCUUGUGUUAUAAAGGUUAAAAGUGUGUAACGGC